CAUAGACAUAUAACACACACACCAUAUCACUAUAUCAAUAUUUUCAUAUCUAUCUCUCUUUCAAACAAUAAUGGUUUCCCAAUCCAACGGUUCACAAACAACAACCACAGCCCCUUUAAACUUCUUGAUCUACGGUCGAACCGGUUGGAUUGGGGGUCUACUUGGCAAAAUCUGUGAAUCUCAAAACAUCAAAUACACAUAUGGGUCAGGCAGGCUAGAGUCACGUGACACCCUGGUCGCUGACCUUGCUGCCGUGAACCCAACUCACGUGUUCAACGCUGCUGGUGUGACUGGCAGACCAAACGUUGACUGGUGUGAGUCACAUAAAGUUGAAACCAUUAGGACUAAUGUUGUUGGGACAUUGACUCUUGCUGAUGUUUGUCGUGAAAAAGGUUUGAUUUUGAUUAAUUAUGCUACUGGGUGUAUUUUUGAGUAUGAUGAUGCUCAUCCUCUCGGGUCGGGUCUUGGGUUUAAGGAAGAGGAUAUUCCCAACUUUAUUGGAUCUUUUUACUCCAAGACUAAAGCUAUGGUAGAGGAACUGCUCAAAAACUACGAUAAUGUCUGCACAUUACGUGUAAGGAUGCCUAUCUCUUCGGAUCUUACAAACCCCCGAAACUUCAUCACAAAAAUCAGCCGCUACGAGAAAGUGGUCAACAUCCCAAACUCCAUGACCAUUCUUGACGAGCUUCUCCCAAUCUCUGUAGAAAUGGCUAAGAGAAACCUAACCGGGAUCUACAAUUUCACUAACCCUGGUUGUGUUAGCCACAAUGAAGUCUUGGAGCUGUACCGUGAGUACAUUGACUCAAGCUUUACAUGGAAGAACUUCAGUCUUGAAGAACAAGCAAAAGUGAUAAUUGCACCAAGAAGCAACAAUGAACUAGAUACCACCAAGUUAAAAGCUGAGUUUCCUGAGCUCUUAUCGAUCAAAGAAUCACUUGUGAAGUACGUGUUUGCACCAAACCGAAAGACGCCAAUUGCAGCCUAACCAUAAGUUUUGAAGUUGCAUUGAUGCAUCAUGUUUUCUUGAAGAUGUUAUUGUUGUACGUUCAAAUUGUGUGGGACCGAUGAGGAUUUAUCAACGAUAUAGUUAUUUUUCAGUGUUUAAUUUUCUGGAUUGUUUUGAUUAGCGCUCGGGGAUUGUUUUUGUUAUGAAUAAACGUUGUUAUAAAAGGAUAUAGUGUUACAUUCAUUUUUAUUGUAAAAACGAAUUCUGUAUUCA